ACUCAGUGAGGCAGUGAGACAUAAGUGGAGAGACUGUCAGGAUGGAUGAAUAUGAUAUUAUUGUGCUUGGAACCGGCCUUAAGGAAUGUGUCCUUUCUGGUUUAUUGUCUCAAAGUGGGAAAAAGGUUCUUCACAUUGACAGGCAUCCUUACUAUGGAGGAGCGAGUGCAUCCAUUUCUCCUCUUGAGGAGAUGUACAAGAAGUUUAAGGUCCCAGGUCCUGAUAAGUCUAUGGACCGAGGAAAAGAGUGGAACAUCGACCUGAUCCCCAAAUUUUUUCUUACCAAUGGUGAGCUGGUGAAAAUCUUAGUCCACACUGAGGUGACUCGGUACAUGGACUUCAAAGUCGUUGAAGGCAGCUACAUAUACAAGGCAGGCAAACUGCACAAAGUCCCUGGCACAGAGGAAGAAGCAAACACUUCAGAUCUGAUGGGCAUGUUUGAUAAGAGGAGGUUCAGGAAGCUGCUGCUGUUUGCUCUGAACUUUGAUCUGAGAAACCCUCGGACCUACCAGGACGUGGAUCCUGCAAAAACGACCACGCGGGACCUCUUCUGUCGCUUCGACCUGGGCCUUGAUGUCAUGGAGUUCACAGGCCAUGCUAUUGCAUUACACAGCAGUGACAGUUACCUGGACCAGCCGUGUGGGGAAACCAUCCGACGGAUCAGACUAUACUCUGAGUCUCUGUCCCGCCAGAACAACAACCCGUACAUCUACCCCCUGUUCGGGCUGCGCGAACUACCACAAGGAUUUGCCAGGCUGAGUGCAGAGUACGGAGGAACCUUCCUCUUCAACAGAGCGGUGGACGAGCUUGUGAUGGAGAACGGCAAAGUGAAAGCUGUAAAAUCUGAGGGCAAGCUGUUCCACUGUAAACAGCUCAUUUGUGACCCCAGCUACGUUCCUCAUCGAGUAAGGAAAGUUGGGCGUGUGAUAAGAGCCAUCUGUUUAUUAAAUCAUCCAGUUAAAAACACCCAUGAGGCCCACUCCUGUCAAAUCGUCAUCCCUCAAACGCAACUCAACAGGAAAUCUGACAUUUACAUAACUGUAGUGUCCUAUCAUCACAAUGUGGCCUCAGACGGGAUGUAUACCGCCACAGUGAGCACGACUGCAGAAACCACCACUCCAGAGAAAGAAGUUCAGCCAGGCCUGGAGCUUCUCGAACCCAUCAUGCAAAAAUUUGUAAAAGUCAGCCACAUGCUGGUUCCCAACGAUGACGGAAAGAAGAAUCAGAUAUUUGUGUCCCGCUCGUAUGAUGCAAUAAACCACUUUGAGGCUGAUUGUGAGGACAUCAAAGACAUGUACCAGCGGAUCACAGGAGUAGAGCUCUGCAUCAGAGGGUCAGAGAGACAUCGGUCGCACACCUCUGAUGAUGACUGACUCAACAUUAGGACCAAAUAAUUCAACAGCUGGGAGGCCAUAAUGACAUUACCGAUGAUUAUACAGAUUACACAGCUGUAAAGCAGAGGGUGUCGUAUGCAGCAUGUAGAGAUGAUUGUGAGUUGAAUGUCUAGUCUGUUUGUGAUAAUUUCUCAUUUUUGUUAAACCUUGUAAAACAUGGUGCUCCUGAGUAAGUUUGAAAAGCAUCUUUUUCUUUUCUGCAAUUGCAGUGUUUUGGUAUGAGACAAUAUGAUGCUCUGUAAACAUCAAUACAACUUUUUGUGUGAGUUUUUCUGUUUUUAUUUUUUAUAUCACCGAGUAAAAUCCUGAGCACACUGGCAUUUGUGAUUCUAAAUAAC